UGCCAUGGGUUAGGUUAUAUGUAUCGAAAUAUCCACUCCGAUUGCCCGAUUGCCCCAUUGUCAUUCCUAAUUGCCAUUACUACUUGUAGAGCACAACAAAGUUGCUCUUUUACAUGAUUUUAUUUGCGGAAUCCGAGUUAAAUGAAUGAGCUACAGUUCGUCUAAAAUAUGUAUUAUGCUGGGAAAAAAGUUCGUAACUAUCGUCUGCGAAUACUCUUGAACUCAUUUUCAGUUUCUAAAAAACAUGUUAGCUAUCUAAAAUUCUCUAAAUUUCCUCCUUAAUCCUUAUAAUAGUGACCAUUACAUCUAGUUGUGGCACAUACAGGCGCGAGGCCUCUCAUCCCUAGGUCAUGUCACAACCCUCUUCUGUGUUCAGAACUAGUAUAGCAAGAAAAAAAAAAGAUAUGCUCGCUUCUAGCCCUCUCCGCCUCUUUCGAUCCAGUGCUAGUUGCUAUUUAAACCGGGUUUGUUUCUAAUUUUGUUGACAAUUUUUUUUUUUCCAACAAAAGAUAACGCCCACAUAAGCCAUCGCACACGCAUUUUCCACCCUCCGGCCACACUUGGGCACCACAGAAAUGAGCCUCCGCCACAAGCUUCCCCUCAUUUCUAUACCCAACACCUCUCCUCAAUUUCCUCCGCCCGCCCAUUAUCUAUCUAUAUUCUCUCAGCCUCUAAUAUAUAUAUAUAUAUAUAUAUAUGUCACAGUACUCGCAUUCCUCUACUCUGUAACUAGCACCACCCAAAGUUGCAACCAAACCAAAGCGUGCAUGAACCUUGCCACUCCACUCCCACUGUGCUAUGCUCAAAGUAAACGCUCCCAAUUUCUACGUACCCAACCUUUCCUUCCUUCCUUCCUUUCUCAUUCUCCCUCCACCUAUAUUUGAUAUUAAAGUUAACGGAAAGGGAAAAUAUAUACUAUAUAUACAAAUUAAUUAAAGAGGAAAGAAUGUUUGAUAUAAAGAUGGCGUCACCAACAUUCCUUUUGCCCAAGCCAAGCCCAUGCCUCCCCUCUCCUCCUACUCUCUCUAUAGUCUAUAUCGUAUCAUUAGGGUUGGCUAGCUAUUUGGUCCGGAUUGUUUGGUUUUACCCGAAACCGGACCGGGACCGGACUGGGACCAGAUAACAAACAAUCCAAUCUCAUAUUCGGGCUUAGAUUUGAGGUAAAAACCCGGAUAAGAGACCCCCAACACCUAAAAUCAAGAUCAAAUUGGCACCGGACCGGGUCAAAACCGGACUAUAUCCAAUCCAAUCUUUGGUCCUUAUAUUCUCGAAAAGACCGGACUGGGACCAGAUCAAUUUGAUCCAAUUUAACCGGACCGUAUAGCCACCCUAUCAAUCAUGCUGCUGCAUGCUUUCUCUUUUUUCUGUUAUUUCCCCCCUUACUUACCGGAACUCAUUUUAUAUUCUUUCUCUCUCUCUCCCUCUCUCUAUAUAUACCUAAAAGCUCUCCUCUUAGAUUUUUCAUCCCAUCCAUCUCUUCCCUCCAGAAUCAAAAUAACACCUAACCCCAUCAAUCUCCUAUAGCAAAGAGAGCUAGAUAUAGUUAACAACAAUGGCUUCUUCGUCCUCUUCUUCUGAUUUGAGAAAACUGAUUAGGGUGUUGAUCGUCGGAGUGCUGCUGGGUUACGCAAUGAUGUGGGUUCUGUUGCCCACCAACACUUACAAGCACAAAUGGCUUCCCAAGCUCAAAUCCCGCCUCUCCUCCAACUACUUCGGCAACCAAGGGGUGAUGAUGCUGAUAUUCACGUUCCCGCCACUGCUGGUCGCCGUUCUGAGCUGCGUCUAUCUCCAUCUCGCCGCCGAGCUACAACCCACGGGGAAAAAGAGCAGCGGCGACGACGAGGAGAAAGAGACACGUGUGCUCGCCACGUGGCGGAAGCCCAUGGUGGUGCGAGGCCCGCUGGGGAUCGUGACCGGGAUCGAGCUGGGCUUCCUGGUCAUGUUCGUGGUGCUCCUCUUCUGGUCGCUCUUCACUUACUUCAGCUCCAGCUUCAAGUCCAUCGACGCCACCGAUCCCGCCUUCCUCGGCGGCCUCAAAAAGUGGCAGUUGAAGCUGGACCUGGGUGGGCUGUGGCUUGGGCUGGUGGGGAACAUAUGCCUGACGCUCCUCUUCUUCCCGGUGGCGCGUGGGUCGGCGGUGCUGCAAUUCUUCGGCCUGACGUCGGAAGGGAGCAUCAAGUACCACAUAUGGCUCGGCCACGCAGUCAUGACCUUCUUCACCGCUCAUGGCAUCUGCUACAUCGUCUACUGGGCUCUCAUGGGCCAGAUGUCGCAGAUGCUGAAAUGGAGCCGAAGCGAGAUAUCCAACGUGGCGGGCGAGAUCUCGCUGCUCGCCGGGCUCGGGCUGUGGGCCACCACAUUCCCCCGCAUAAGGCGGAAGAUGUUCGAGCUCUUCUUCUACACCCAUCACCUCUACAUCCCGUUCGUCGUCUUCUUCGUCUUCCACGUCGGAUUCACCUACGCCUGCUACAUGCUCCCUGGGUUCUACCUCUUCCUCGUCGACCGCUACCUCCGCUUCCUCCAGUCCCGCCACCACGUCCGCCUGCUCUCCGCCCGCAUCUUGCCCGGCGCCGGCCAGACCCUGGAGCUCAGCUUCUCCAAGUCACCGGCGCUGAAGUACAACCCGACGAGCGUGCUGUUUCUGAACGUGCCGGGGAUAUCGAAGCUGCAAUGGCACCCGUUCACCGUAACGUCCAACAGCAGCCUGGAGGCGGACAAGCUGAGCGUUGUCAUUAAAGGGGAAGGGAAGUGGACGAAGAAGCUGUACGAGAUGGUUUCUUCAACUAGUGGAAGUACUGAUCAUCACUUUGAUGUGUCCGUUGAAGGUCCUUAUGGCCCUGCUUCCACUGAUUUUCUCAGGCACGAGACACUGGUGAUGAUAAGUGGAGGCAGCGGGAUCACCCCAUUCAUCUCCAUAAUCCGAGACCUCAUCUUCACAUCCUCACACCUCCAACUCAAAACCCCACGCGUCAUCCUCAUCUCCUCCUUCAAAACCACCGCCGACCUCACAAUGCUCCACCUCCUCCUCCCCAUCUCCGCCGCCGCCGCCUCCUCCUCCACCGCCAACCUCCGCCUCACCAUCGAAGCCUACAUCACCCGAGAGAAACAGGCGGCGGCAACCUCCCCCUUCCACAACAACAACAACGUUCGGACCAAGUGGUUCAAGCCUUCCCCGACCCACGCGCCCAUCUCCCCGAUCCUGGGCCCCACCGCCAGCUGGCUCUGGCUCGCCGCCGUCGUCUCGUCCUCCUUCCUCGCGUUCCUCGUCAUCAUCGGGCUCCUCACUGGCUACUACAUCUACCCUCAGGGCAAGAAGUCCGGGGAAGUAGGGUUUCCCAUGGCGUUGACCGCUUUUCUCUACAUGCUUGUGUUGUGCGUGUGUGUAGCUGCGGCGAGCAGCGGUGCGUUCCUCUGGAACAAGAGGAAGAGCGGGAGGGAUCAGACCAUCCAGAUAAGGAACGUGGAAGGCGCCACCCCGACCGGCGGGUCUCCGGCGAGCUUCGGUGCUGUCCAUGAGAUGACGGAGUUGGAGAGUCUUCCUUUGCAGACUUUCGCGGAGGCCACGAAUUUGCACUACGGGGUUCGACCUAACUUGAGGAAAUUGCUGGUGGAGCAUUGUAGCGAAGGAGGGAGCAUAGGGGUAAUGGUGAGCGGGCCGGCGGGGCUGAGGCAUGAGGUUGCUACGAUAUGCUCGAGCGGACUGGCCGACGACAAUUUGCAGUUCGAGUCCAUUAGUUUUAGCUGGUGAAAAAACGUACGUUCAUACUGAUUGUCAAAAGGUUUCAGCUAAAUGGAUGUCUAGCUACUUUUCCUAGCUAGUAAUGUGAGUGAACAAGGAGAGCUAUAUAGCCACGAGUGGAUGUGUUUGAUAGCUUGAAACACCACUUGGUUCAUAAUAACGAGAAUGGAAAUGUGUUUGUAAUACUUUUGUGUGUGUGUGUUUUUGUCCCCAUUACCACACUUUGUGUAUGUUGUACUAUGAAUAAUAAUCAAUGUCGUGUUACAUGAUCUAUUUAAAUCCUUCAAUGUAUGGAAAAUAAAAAUAAAAAUUUCAU